UCCAUUUCUCAUGUGUCGAAAUUCGAAUACGCUUUAUCGUAGAUUAGUUUUCUUUCUGUCUCUCAGUCAUGUGACUCUCUUUAGGGCUCUAUCAGAUUCAUUCGCGACACACAUCAUACAUCCCAACACCAUUUGAUAUUCCUAUGACACAAAACAUUUUUCGCACUUUUCAGCUUUUUUGGAAUCGGGCCACACUGGCAGGUGACCGCAUUUCCGGCUCGCACAAAGCGCCCCCGGAGUCACUCUUCACUAUGGACGUGUGUCCCGCAUCAACAAAUUUUUCACAAUUCCCAAACACUCGAAAUCCUGAAAUCUACAAACAUCAAAUUUACUUAUACUACGAACAAAGAUUACUUGAAACCUUCAACCAUCAUCAAAAGUAUACAUCAACAAUGACUCGUUACGGUGCUACUUCAACCAACCCAGCUAAAUCAGCUUCAGCUCGUGGUUCAUACUUACGUGUUUCUUUCAAGAACACUAGAGAAACUGCUCAAGCCAUCAAUGGUUUAAACUUGGAAAAAGCUCAAAAAUACUUGGGUCAAGUCUCUAAACAUGAAAGAGCUAUCCCAUUCCGUCGUUACAACUCAUCAAUCGGUAGAACUGCUCAAGGUAAAGAAUUUGGUGUCACCAAAGCUAGAUGGCCAGUCAAAUCAGUUAAAUUUGUUCAAGAUUUAUUAACAAAUGCUGCUGCCAACGCCGAUGCCAAAGGUUUAGAUUUAUCAAAAUUAUAUGUUUCUCAUAUCCAAGUUAACCAUGCUCCAAAACAACGUCGUCGUACUUACAGAGCUCAUGGUAGAAUCAAUGCUUACCAAUCUACCCCAUCCCACAUUGAAUUAGUUUUAACUGAAAAAGAAGAAACUGUUGAAAAAGCUUCUGAAGACCGUGUUGUUAAAUUAAACUCAAGACAAAAAGGUAGAUUAGCUGCUCAAAAACGUAUCACUGCUUAAGAUGUUAUGGUUAUAUAGGGAAAUGUAACAUAUACUAAUUUUGGUUUCAUGAAGAAAGUUUGAGGUGUAG